AUGUGGAUUCACAUUUCCUUUGCGCAGAAGUUUGUGUGGAGCCUAUUUGUGCUGUUCACUUUGACUGGAGGACAAGCUUUCGGAGCUUCCUUCUAUGGAGAUGGGUUUGUGCAUCUGAAGACAGUUGAGUUGUCCCAUCAAACAUCUUUGCAUGUGCGGUUUCGAACCUCUGGUUCCAAUGGCCUGCUGUUUCUGGCAGCUGGGAAGACCGAAUUCCUCUGGGUGGGGCUUCAUUCUGGCCGAAUACGGGUGCGGAUUGAUCUUGGAUCUGGGGAACGCGCACUUCGUUCAGAGAAGGGCAUUGAUUUGAGUGACCUAACCUGGCAUAAAGUAGAACUUCAACAUGAUCAUGGCAACAUCACACUAACUGUGGACAAAAACUCCCUUACCACUGUUAAGAUGCCAGUGCCUGACUUUGAACUGAGUGUCCAGGAUGGGCUUUUUGUUGGUGGUGUUGGGGAUCUGGAAAAAUCAUACCUCUUGUCAGAUGAAACCAUGUUUGGCUUUCGGGGUUGUUUAGAUGAGGUUCUAUUCAAUGAACAUAACCUCCUUUCCUCUCUAAGGCCUUAUUCUGGAUACAAAACAAUUCAUGAAGUGUCUUUUGGUUGCAGCCCAGAGUUUUCAGCCACUGUUAAUGAUUCAGUUAGUUUUUUCAGUUCUAAAGCAUACAUGUCUCUGCCUACAUGGGAAGUACCACAAGAGGGUGUAUUUGAGUGUGAACUGCAUACAUUAAAUCCAGAGGGCAUCCUUUUAUACAGCUCUGCAGGACAAAGUGACUACAUUGCUCUGGAAAUACAAAAAGGGCACCUUGUUGCUGCCAUUAAAAUAAGUGGAAGCAAGACAGUAUUACGAUCCUUGAUGGUCAUCAAUGAUGGGGGGUGGCAUAUCUUGCGGCUCUACUUGUCUCCUAUGAAUCUUCAGUUUACUGUCGGUUUGGAGAUGCACAACUCUAGCUUUGUGGUAAAUUCCAGUGCAUUACAGCUUACUGGGCCUCUGUACCUAGGUGGUGUGGAUGUCAAUACUUACACAGACGUCCGGAAGAAUGGACUGCUCUCUAUGGUUGGGAAGCAUAUACGAGGAGGUUCAUUUAAAGGCUGUCUAAGAAAUAUCAGAGUCAACUACCAAAAGAUGGGCCUUCCACGAGCAUUGGUCACUAAGGAUAUUUCUGUUGGUUGUGAACCAGAAAAGCAGCAUGGACCCAGAACCACAAGUCCAUCAAUUAUUACAGUGGAUUCUGAAAAUUUCACAGAGGCCCUACCUGAGAUGGAUAAGAGAAAUUUCCUGUCGCUUAAGGAUUUGGAGGUUCUUGAAGGUGGUCGAGCGCCACUUGAGUCUAAACACAUUAAGGUGAACCUAGAGUUCCAUAAAUUUGGGAUUCGUCAGUCCCAGAUUAUGUUCCACAUUGAAGAGCAGCCGGUACAUGGGCAACUCAGGCUGGAUGUUGACCUUAAUCUUGGGGAGAACACCUUCAGUAUGCUGGACCUCUGGCAUGGUAGGGUCAUGUAUGUCCAUGGAGGAUCGGAGGAUCUACUCGACUUCUUCAUGUUUUCCAUCUUCACCAGCAGCAAAAAGGAAGUACCUGGUUAUCUCAAAGGGAACCAUCUGCACAGAUUCAACAUCAGUAUUACACCUGUCAAUGAUGCUCCUGAACUAAGCCUCCCAGAGGGCAGUCUCUUCAUUCUGCCAGAGCACUCAAAACGUCGGUUGACCACAGACAUCCUCAGGACCAUCGAUCAGGACAGUAACUCCACAGACCUGAUGUUCUCAGUGCUUGGUAAUAUGAAUGCUAACUUAGGCUUUCUAGAGAUUGACGAACACCCAGACCGAGCAGUGACUUCUUUCUCCCUGUCGGAUCUUGAGCAGGGUAAAGUGAGCUAUGUCCACAAAGGUGUCAACAACUCCAGAAUGGCUAUCAGAGUGAGUGAUGGGGAAAAGGUAAGCAACACCAUAGUAUUUAGGAUCAUGGCUGUUCCCCUGGAACACAAGGUUGCCAACAACACCGGAGUGGAGGUAACCCAAGGUGAAGCAACUUUUAUUAGUAACAAACAUCUCUCUGUGCAAGUGAAUGUCGCUAAACAAGUAGUGGACAUUCGUUAUGAUGUCACAGUGCCACCCAUUUAUGGUGAACUACAGAGGCUGCAUUCAAGUGGGCAGUGGAAGCAAACCAGCACAUUCACACAGAAGCUUCUGGAAAAGGAGCGCCUUAGAUAUCUCAACACCUUCCACGGGACCCAGCAAAGUAACGUCACUGAUAGUUUCAAAUGCAAAGUCACCGUCGGCUCAGUCAUUACAGAUGAGCUGCUGUUUUUGAUUAGAGUAAACUGGAUUCGUUACAAAAUCACCAGAAAUAAGAUAGAGAUAGACGGUGAUCACAAAGUCACAUUGACGCCUCAAGAAUUCCAUAUUGUCACCAAGGGUGCAAGACUUUUGGAAAGUGAUAUUUACAUUCGUUUAUUGACAUUACCAAGAAGAGGAAAUCUUCUUUUCGACAAUAAGAUUUUAAAAAAGAACUCGACCUUCAGCCAGAAGGAUAUUACAAAUCACAAAUUGCAGUUUGAGCUCAAAGAACUGCCACAUCAUUAUGCAAGGGACAUGUUUCACUUUCAAGUGUUUUCUAAAUUUGCCAUGUCAGGAAUUCACGAGUUCAGAAUCAGCAUCAAAGCAGAUAUUCAUAACAUAGUUUUAAGAAAUUAUGGACUUUCUGUCUUGGAAGGGAAGAGCAAGGUCAUUACAAAAGCAAUGCUUUUUUCAGAGACUCCAAGCUCCAGAGCAGUAAACUACACAGUCAUCAGCAACCCUAAACAUGGGAAACUAAAGAAAACAAACCUCUCAAAUUCCUCCACUAGCAGUGACAUUAUAUUGGAGUUUACCAAUAAGGACAUUUCUGAUGAACGUAUCUUGUAUGUCCAUGAUGAUAGUGAGACCACACAUGAUGCCUUUACAUUCCUGGCCUCUGUGAAUGCUCUGAAAAAUAAGACCAGAAGCAGAGAAGGCACCUUUAAUAUUUCCAUCCAGUUAGUUAACGAUGAGAAACCUGUCCGUGUUGUAGAUAAAGUUUUCCAUGUAGUGCGUGACACUCAGAGAUUACUUACACUGGAAGAUCUGUGCUACCAUGAUGCUGAUACAGACUUUGAUGAUAAAGACCUGCUUUAUACCAGACGAAAGAUCCCCAAUGGUGAGCUAGUAUUGGUCAAUGACACUACACACAAGCUUUAUCAAUUCCAUCAGAAAGACUUGGAAGCAAGGAGAGUACUGUUUAUCCACAAAGGUGUUAGUUAUGGCCGCUUUGUCCUCUUCGUGUCAGAUGGCAAGCAUUAUACUUCAACAUUGUUUGAGGUCUCUGCUCAGGAGCCAUAUGUAAAGGUGGGCAACAACACAGGUUUAUUGGUCCAGAAAGGCCAGGUGGCCAUUUUAACAUCUGCUAAUUUCAGUUUCAUUACUAACAUGGAUGUCAGACAUGAGGAGGAAUUUGUCUUUGAGGUAUUUCUACCACCAAGCCAUGGGGCUCUUUACUGCAGUGGAAUCAAAGCAAAUUCCUUCACACAACAUGACUUGAAGAUGGGUCAUGUAAUAUACCAUCAUGAUGACAGUGAAAUACUGGCAGAUUCUUUUAACUUCACUAUUAAGGUGAAAGGCCUGCAUCUGGAUGCAAGUGUGGCAAUUAAGGUUUACCUUGAGAGUCAUCAACAGCCCCCAGAAGUCAUUCACAAUAACCCAAUCCUGAUGGAGGAGGGAAAGCCCGUCAGAAUCAACGAGAAAGACCUCAAGGUCAUUCAUGAGGAUAACAAACCUAAUGAGAUUGUAUAUGCUGUGAAGGUGGCACCCACUCAUGGUUUUCUGCGGUUAUCUAAGGUAGACAAAGAUCACUACCAUGGUAGUAAGGAGAAACCCAUCCAAAGCUUUUCACAGGCUGAUAUCGAUGCAGGUCAUAUUCAGUAUGUCCAAACAGAACAUGGAUGUGUUAACGACUCAUUCUCACUUAACGUAACUAACAGCAUUCUAACAAGCCAUGAUCUCCUAGUCAUUGUGGAUAUAAUCCCCUGGCACAUCCCACUAGAGGUCUCCAAUAUGACCCUUAAAGAGGGCUCCUCUAUAGCCCUGACUCAGGAUGUCAUCAAAGUCAACAACCAACACUUUCACGGACUCCACCUCCUCUAUGUUGUAACUGAUGGGCCUCAUCAUGGCCGGAUUGAACACUCAAGGAUUCCUGGUGUUCCCAUUCCAUCUUUCACCAGGGUUCAAGCUGAACAGCGGUUCAUAUUCUACGUACAUGACGGAAGUGAGACCAUGGCUGAUAAUUUUACAGUCGUGGCCAAUGACACAGAGCUCCGGAAGUACAGUUUGCCCUUUGUGGUUUAUGUCAAUGUAACACCCAUAAAUGAUGAAGCCCCAAUUGUAACCGUCAACAGGAUCCUCAAGGUGUGGGAAGGUUCUGUGACAGAGAUAACCACUGAAUACCUUAGUGCAGAGGAUCCAGAUUCUCCUCCAGAGAGCCUAGAAUUCAUCAUGACUCCACCAAGUAAUGGACAUCUGGCUCUGAAGAGUGCCCCCUCCUGGCCAGUUCUGAACUUCACCCAGGAGCAUAUCAAUCAUGGCCAGCUAGUGUUUGUACAUAGUGGUGCCAUGUCAGGAGGAUUUCACUUCCAAGUCAAUGAUGGGGUGAACUUUGCUCCAAGGCAAAUAUUCAGUGUCACAGCCCAAUCUCUGGUCAUGAACUUAGAGAAGAAUCAAGAGCUGAAAGUAUUCCCAGGUUCUUCAAAGUUAAUUUCUGAAGAUGAGCUGUUAGCAAUCACAAAUGACUAUGAUGACUAUGGGAAUCGCACUAUCAGCUACACUGUGACCUCCCCUCCAAGAUUUGGCCAGCUGAUAUGGAAACAAACUGAAAAUUCCACACAAGAAAUCUCCUCAUUCACUCAAAAUAUGGUAAAAGAAGGUGCUGUGCUGUUUACACAGACCAAACCUAUUUCAUGGACAGCUACAGAUUCCUUCACCUUCAUUGCAUCAUGCCCCCCAGCAUCUCUCCAAGCUCAUAUCUUUAAUAUCCACAUCUCAUAUGAAAAUAUUGGCCCAGAGCACAGGAGUGCACUCCUUGCAAACACAGGUGCUGUUGUCACCGAGGGUAGUAGUGUUCUCAUAGAUAAAUCAAAGCUGGAUGCCUCCAACCUUCUUGGAAAGUUAGAUGAAGCAGAGCGUAAUUUCUAUGAAGUCUGGUAUGAAAUCACCUCUCUACCCCACCACGGUACAAUUGUUGUAGGUGAAAGGAACAUGACACAUGAAAGACCAAAUUUCUCUCAAUUCAACCUCCACAAGCAUGGUAUCAUAUAUGUACAUGAUGACUCUGAGACCACUCACGAUAAUUUUACUUUUGAUGUGUGGCUAAACCCUAAAGGCAAGUUUGCUCAGCGACCCCAGAAUGCAGACCAUAUUGUAUCUGAAUUAUUCAAUAUUACUGUGACCCCUGUUAAUGAUCAGCCUCCUGUGCUGAAGACUGGAUCUCCUAGGCUCAGAGUGGUCAAAGGGGACACCGUGACCUUGGAACCUGAAAACCUCUAUGUGGAGGACCAAGACACUCCACCAGAGGAUAUUCAUUAUACUGUGAUCAGCAAGCCCAAAAACGGCUUCCUUGCUUUGGUGGGUCAGCUGAAUAAAUCUGCAAUUACCUUCACCCAAGCUGAUGUAAAUCAUGGAAGGGUGCAUUUUGUCCAAAAGGGAGAACCCUCAUCAGGAGUAAUCUACUUCAGUAUCACUGAUGGAUUCCACAGACCACUCUACAAGCUCUUUAGUGUAGAGGUUGAGAAUAUCACCAUCAGUGUGGUCAACAAUACCGGACUGACACUGUUGCAAGGUCAGACCUUGGUUACUCUAACACUUGAGCACCUGGCUGCAGUGACCAAUGAGAGAGAUGCAUGCAUUAAGUAUAUAGUUACGGCCCCACCAAGUCAUGGGAGUGUCAUGGUCAUGGAAGAACUGGUCACACACUUUGAUCAGGAGGACCUACAAACUGGAAGAGUGUUAUAUAACAUGACUGACUUGACAUCAUCUCAGGACAGCUUUGAGUUCACUGUCUUCACAUCUGAGAGUAACCUGACUAACCAGGUGGUAAACAUCACUGUUAGGCCCCUGAUCCACCUUGGAGAGCACGUCAUGAUCCCGGAUGGCAUCCCAGUGAAGUUGAGAAAAGACGUCCUAGAUGCAACUGAAUUAGCCACCCUUAGUGGUAGUGACCCCAUCUUUGAGAUUCUUGAGCCUCCAAAACAUGGCAAGCUAGUCAAAGUCACAUUUGACAUUGGGGGAUCUUCUCACUCAGUGGAGUCGUUCUCAUUCAGAGAUGUGGAACAAGGUAGAGUGGCCAUUGAAGAGAACAUCAACUUCACUGCCAUUUAUGGAAUAGCAAUGGCCUCAAAGUACAAUGCCACGGCAGUCCAUCCACUUAAUGACUCAUUUGUUUUCCUUUUGAAGUCAGCGAAUGUUCAGCCCGCCAUGGGGGAAUUUGUGUACUUGGUAUUACCCUAUGACCCCAUUACUGGCAAGCAUAUACUUUCAGAGCCAUAUUUGUGGCCGACCAAGUUGCCAACACUCAACAGAACAACACAUGCUAUGUCACCCAUGUACCCGCCAUCUCACGUAGAUCCAACAACGAGACCCCACAAGACUGCUGCAAAACUGAAACCUCGAAACCGCUGGGGGAACCACACACGAGGCAGAUCCAUGAUUCCUCAUGUGCCCCGUACAACUUUGAGCAAACUGGACCCCUCCUCCAAAAAUACUCUAGUACGGGUGGAGUCUUUACCAAGACCUGCAUCUGACCCUCUGCUUAUCAUCCUUCCACUUCUUGCCUGCCUCCUCUUGAUUGUCAUUCUAGUGGUCCUCAUUCUAGUCUUCCGUCACCGCAGGGAAAAGCAGGCCCAACCAGCAAUGAUGCAGGAUCUGACAGAGAAUGCUGGUGAAGAUAUUUUAGCCAGAGGCUCAUAUCUGGGUCAACCUGAAAGAAGUCUCACUGUUCCCUCUGUAAUAGUAACCCCACUCAUUCCAAGUUGCCCUGGAAGUCCUGUUUUAGAGGGCGUAAAUGAUGCAACGUUGGUGCCAGCAAUUGAUCGAACUGGGUCUCCAUUUCUCCCUUGCACAUGGAGUCCACUUGACCAUGAUUCUGUCCAGCAGUUUUCACCAGAAACUCCACCUCUUAAACAAAACCAGUAUUGGGUUUGACACAGCUCCUUUUAUCACAUCCAGGUGUUGCCGGAACCAACAUUGUGAAAUUACAUUGUGCAUGACCAUUAUUAGAAGACAGUUGUUACUCACCCAUAGUAUUUUUGGCAUUUGGAUUUCAACCUUGUAAACUGAAGGUCUCUUAGCUUUGUCUCAUGGGAAAUAUUCAUUGUCAAACAGCUUUGUUGUUGCGAGUUCAUUUGUUAAGUUACUCCAGUUGUUUUAGUUUUGCCUGACGCAGCUCAGAUCUUUUUGAGGUUUAGAGAUGUAUUUUUUUUUAUAUUGCAUUUAUACUGAACCGAUUAGCCACCGAUUCGUUUUUAGUACAAGAUCAGAAUAAUUUGCAGUAAGAUAGAUUUGCCACUAUACUAUGUGCAAUUAUACCUCUUGCAUGUAAAUGUUACAUUAUACAACGUGCAGGAAGUAGGAUAUUCCAAGUACUUUUACAAGAAGUUUCCAAAUUGAACAUUUAUUUUUCUUUUCUAAAUGGUUUUCAAAAUCCAUGCACAACAGCAUUAUGCUGCAACUUAAUGCCUUAUGUUUAUUUACAUGGUCACAAUUGAAGUUUUCUUUUGGCAUGGCUUGUAUUAAUAGAGGGAACUGAAACUACUCAACUGUAUAUUUUAAGGAAGUGUCUAAUUUAAAAAUGUUACACUGACCACAAAAACAUGUGCUCCCUUUAGACAUAUUGGCACUGCAACGUUGUAUCCCAACAAGCAAGAUGGCAUUAACAAGGUAUAAAGCAGAAACUUGUUGAAAGUUUUAAAAUUAAAAUUGUAUUACCUUGGCAAUCCAUGCUUAAUUGAUCCAUAUGUUCUCACAUCCGUAUGUUAUUACCAGGGUCCAAAAUUAACUUUUUGCAACAUCUGCCUAUGGCGGAUGAGUUGAGAAAAUGUACCUAUGAUAAAUGUCCAGAACUUACCAGUCAUGAAACCAUAUUUUAUAUUAUUUUUGACUGUGACAGAUUCAUUAUUUAGCACAUUUUUUUCAUAAGUUAUUGCAUAAGUUCCCCUUCUGUUGCUCACUCAAUGUUGUGUCGAAUGAAGUGACACUAUGGGUCUUUCUUGAAGGCCUCGGUUACCUCUGAACUUGAGAAAAGGCCAAUGAGAAAUUGGCAGACAGAAUUGCAUGUCCCUCCCCUGUAAAAAUGGGUAUAAAAGGAGGGAAUUGUGCGUCUGUCCAUUCAAAUUUUUUCUUCGGAGCCGAGCGGUUGUGCAAUCAGCAAGCUGAGAUCACUUCUGUUCCACUAACCUCUGCAGAGCAUUUGCUGUUGAAUUUACGGCAUGUAUCAGCGGCUUUAUCCUUUGCCCCUGGGCGCUUCGACAGUGCUUCUGAAAAGAGUAUAUUUUCCUCACAAAAGAGUAUAAUUUCUCUAAAAGAGCACACACAGCAGGCGCUGAACGUCCUUUUCAGGACACGUCUUUUUAAAGAUGCCCUUCCACCUCUGUGUAGUUCCUGGAUGUGGUCGAUAUCUCUCCGCUACCUCGUGUGUCUGGGCCGCAAUCACGCUGAGGCUGACGCCCAGAUGGCCGACAUGCUUGCCUGGGCCACCGUGAGUGUUGGGUUGGACUGGAAGCCUCCAUCCUCCCCGCAGCCCUCAAGGCUAGAUGACUGGUUCCUCAGGUCCGGGCGCCGCUCACAGCCACCCCUCCACUGAGGCGAUCACAUGCGCUCUUUCUCCCACGGGAGUCCACUAAACUCGCGCUCCCUGGAUAUCUUUUCUCCCUUGCCCUCUGGUCUGCGAAUUCAGCGGAGAAAUUCCCGACCAGACCCACUACGGGUACUAACUACUCUAUACUGGAAUAGGUGCUCCACAGGGUUUGGCCAUCACGGAUUAAUACCCCUGUGUGUAUUUUACGCAGUACGGUCCCCUCUUGGUGGACCCGUGUCUCCCUUGGGCAGUCGCCUCUGCCCCCCGGUCUGUGUUUUUGUAGUAACUCCUAUUCCUAUUCGCCACAUUUAACCUCCCCCCAGCCUGGGCAGGAUGUGGUCUCCAUGGGGUCUCUUCCCCCUGAAAAAAUAGGAGUUGGAAAAGAACGCCUUCCCCUAUGCACGUUAUAGCAUUAAAUGGCCCCAGCCGCUUUAACUCUAUGCGAGAAACAUAGAAAGAGAAAAGGCGCAGCCUGCUCCCAUGCUUGGCAUGUCACUUGUUCCCCCCCUUCGGGGUUACUAUUGUAACCCCUGUUCCCUGAUUGAUGGAAUGAGACGUUGUGUCCCCCCGGCCACAACGCUGUACCGAGCCACUGUAUUGGUCGAACCUCAUUCUCGGCUCCUCGGUGCAAAACCUGAAUGGACAGAUGCACGAUUCCCUCCUUUUAUACCUGUAUGUCCGGUGGAGGGACAUGCCAAUUUCUCAUUGGUCUUUUCUCAAGUUCAGAGGUAACUGAGGCCUUCAAGAAAGACCCCUAGUGUAGCUUCAUUCGACACAACGUCUCGUUCUCUCCAUCAGGGAACGGGGGUUACAAUAGUAACCUAGACGUUACUGUGCCUCACAAAGCAUUAAAUAAGAGAUCCGUCUGUAGGUAUAAAUAAAUGUACCGGUUACAAAAAUAUGAAGACACAUUAUGAUUUAAUUAUUCAAGUUUUCAUUGUGGUGGCUUAAUAUGACACAUUUUCUACAUAUGUUUCACCACAUGUCCUAAAAGUUCUAAAAAAAUAACUUUUAGGCAUACUAGAUAAAAUUCUCAUUGUAAAUUUUCAACUGAGGUAAGAGAUACAGAUAUUUAGAGGAUGGUGUCUAUGUCUUUGAUUUAAAUUGCUUAUCUUACAUCAGUGAAGUUCAGAGUAUUAUUCUAACAAUUCUAUUUAAACCAUGUACAAUCCUGUAUUUGAAAAUAAAUUUACUGGCCAACUGGCAAGUAAUUGUAUGGGUUUGAAUUGAUUACUCGCUGAAUAUUUAGUGUUAUUUAUAUUUUAUGUGUUAAAUUUGGACCGUGGUUGUCACUGAAUUCUGUAACACCUACAGAUUUACUAUGGGCUGCAGAUACUGUUUAUGAAUGUCUAUAUUUAACUGUGAGUGAGAGAAAGUGUUUCUGAAUCAGCUAAACUAGUGUCACAAUCUAAUGGACAAUGUUGGAUUGUGUAGUAUUUCAAAUAAAAUCAGUGUGUUUUGUAAUUGUUUGAAUUGUUUGAAUUACAUAAAAUAUGUGUUAUAUAUUUAUGUAAAAUAGAGCUGUUCAGGUUGGAGUGCAAAAACUCACCAUGUGUUCCCUCUGGAUUUUCCUAUGGGUUUUAAUAAUGGCAGUUUUGGAUGUAUGAGUUAAAUAAGGUCUGAUUUGACAAUAUGUCGAUGUUUUGUUCAAAGACUUUUUUACUGAUAAAUUGAAAACCUCCAUUAUAAAAAUCCAAAAGACGUCCUGUCUACCGAUCGGAAUGCUUCGGGAUCAUCUUCCACCCCCAUCUUCAAGAGCGUGAGAGGGGGCAUGGGGGAUGUGGUGCCCGGGGUCAUAGCCGGGGCUUUCUCCUGGCUUCGGAUCGCAUGCCGGUCCCCUACUUGAGCCCAAAGGAUCUUUAAAAACCGGUGAUCUUGGUCUUGCCUAAGCUCAAGCAGCGAUUAUUGGUGGGUCUGGUGUAGGCUGGUGAGGGAUUUGAGGAUUUCUGCUAACUGGGAGGACUCUAUGGGGUGUACUUCCUCCAACUUGAUUCCCAGGUUUUCGCACCAGUAUAACAAGCUUCAAAGCAUGCGGGAAGUCACAGGUAAGGCUUUUAAUCUGUAACUUUCAGGGCUUACAGUUUCACAAUAACACAACGUCUACUCAGCAGGGCUUUAGAUCUCUGACUCCCUCUCUCUCUCUUUGUCAGUGGCAUGGUCUCUUAUAUACCGCUCUCCCCAAGCUCACUGCAGUUGGAAACAGGUGUUAAUCAUAAUCUGGCUCAGGUGUAUGCACCCUUACAACUUUCUCUCUCUCCGGGCGGACGCUCGACCACGCCUCUGCUGCCACACUUACCUUUAUAACUUAAGGCCAAAUUUUACUCAGG